AAAGCUACGUCGCAUUUCCUGCUCCGUCAUUAUCUUCCAAUCUCCAUUAUUUUUUUCACCCUUCUCUUCUCAAAUUAAAAGGAAAAAAAAAAGGAGAAAUUCUGGAAGUUUCAAUCGAGAGAGAGAGAGAGAGAGAGAGAGAGAGAGAGAGAGAGAGAGUGAAAUCUCGUCGAUGUUCAUUUUGUCUAAAGAGAAAUUAAUUUAUUUUUCGUUAAAAAUAUAUCCAAUCGAUGUUCAUUGCAUGUAAAAAGAAAAAAAAAAAAAAACAAAGAAAAGGACGCCGAUGAUUUUUCAUUGUGGAGCUGUUUCUUAUCUACAUGAUCGAUCGAGAGGUUGCAUUUGUGAAAUGGAGAUUGCUUCGAAUCGGUGAAAUGUUUCGAUUUUGUUGUGAAUCUGAGUGCCAGAUCGGCUCGUUGAUGCAUUGAGUUUGCUUUUAUUUUAUUUCUUGAGUUGGAAUCGCUUUGAUUUCUUUGUUUUUUGGGGAAAAAAAUGAAAAACGGUGGUGCCGAAGCUGCCGUGGCUUGGGUGGGAGGAACACAGCCGCUGGAGUGGAAAUUCUCGCAGGUGUUCGGAGAACGGACGGCCGGAGAGGAAGUACAGGAAGUUGAUAUCAUAUCCGCUAUUGAAUUUGAUAGAACUGGCGAUCACCUCGCUACCGGAGAUCGUGGGGGUCGGGUGGUUUUAUUUGAAAGGACUGACACUCAUCAUGUUGGACAUCGGAGAGAUCUAGAGAAGAUGGAUCAUCCAAUCAAUAGGCACCCUGAGUUUCGCUAUAAAACCGAGUUUCAGAGCCAUGAACCUGAGUUUGACUAUCUAAAGAGCUUGGAAAUUGAGGAGAAAAUUAACAAAAUUAGAUGGUGCCAAUCAGCUAAUGGUUCUCUGUUUCUUUUGUCUACAAAUGACAAAACAAUCAAGUUUUGGAAGGUACAAGAGAAGAAGGUAAAAAACGUAUGUGACACGAAUGUGAACUCCACUAAAGCCAUGGGAAAUGGUCCUAUUGUUGGUUCAAGUAUAUCAACAACUUCCAAACAAUACAUUGCAAAUGGAGGAUGCACAAACAAUGACUUUUCAUUCCCAACUGGGGGUUUCCCAUCUUUGCAUUUGCCUGUGGUAGUAACCAGUCAUGAGUCGAACCUUAUGGCCAGAUGUCGAAGAAUAUAUGCUCAUGCUCAUGACUAUCAUAUUAAUUCCAUAUCCAAUAACAGUGAUGGCGAAACUUUUAUUUCCGCUGACGACCUGCGAAUUAAUCUCUGGAACUUGGAAAUUAGCAACCAAAGUUUUAACAUUGUCGAUGUGAAACCUGCAAACAUGGAGGAUUUGACUGAGGUGAUAACUUCAGCAGAAUUUCAUCCUACACACUGUAAUACGUUAGCAUAUAGUAGUUCAAAAGGUUCAAUUCGUCUUAUAGAUAUGCGACAGUCUGCCUUAUGUGAUACUCACAGCAAAUUGUUUGAGGAACAAGAAGCUCCCAGCUCCAGGUCCUUUUUCACAGAGAUCAUAGCAUCAAUCUCAGACAUUAAGUUUGCCAAGGAUGGGCGACAUAUGCUAAGUCGUGACUACAUGACACUUAAGUUGUGGGACAUAAAUAUGGAUUCUGGUCCUGUUGCAACUUUCCAAGUUCAUGAAUAUCUUAGACCUAAGCUUUGCGACCUAUAUGAAAAUGAUUCCAUCUUUGACAAAUUUGAGUGUUGUUUAAGUGGAGAUGGACUUCGAGUGGCCACUGGUUCCUACAGCAAUCUGUUUCGGGUUUUUGGGUGUUCUGAAGGUAGUACAGAAGCAACAACACUGGAAUCCAGCAAAAAUCCCAUGAGGAGACAAGGUCAGAUGCCAUCAAGGCCUUCAAGAUCUCUUGGAAGUCUCUCUGGUGUUGUCAGAGGAGUGAAAGGAGCAGAUAACUCGGGAGUUGAUACAAACGGAAAUACAUUUGAUUUCACAACAAAGCUACUUCACCUAGCAUGGCAUCCAACCGAAAAUUCUCUUGCUUGUGCUGCGUCAAACAGUCUUUACAUGUAUUAUGCAUGAAGAUGAUCCAACAAAGCUCGUGAUUAUUUUUCCUGGGCAGAGCUUUUGCUGCUUGCUUUGCCUUCUUCCCUAAUUAAAAAUGCGGAAGCUGCAGCCAUUUUUCAGACCCUUGGUGAUUCAUUGAAAAUUUCUAUCAUGCGUUCCAACACCAGAGUUCAAUGUUACUAUUGUUGAUUCAUCGACAAAGGACAUUGACGGUUCCAGGCGGAUCAUUUCAUACCCACUGAUCUCAUAUUCUUUGUAGGGAUAGACACAGUGCUAUGCCUAUUCUGUUUUGUUUAGGUCGAAGAAAAUAUGGUGAUUGGCACUCCCAACCACUGAAAACAAAUCGUCUUAUUAGGCUGCAAUGUUGCUAGUUUUGGGACUAAUGGGAUCUUAACUGAUUCUCUAAGUAAAAAAAGGACCUAUGCUGGUGGAUCAAUUCUCAUUGACAUAGCUUGAGCCCCUAUGUUCAAAUCUUGUACCAUUUCAACUUUAACUUGAAAUUCCCUUAUGAUAAUUGUUACUUAAUUUCUAACUUUUCUUUCUCUUUCUCCACAGAAUCGU